AUGUCCGCAUCAAACAGCACCCUGGUGGGAUACCUGCCCGCGCCGGAAGGCUACAAGGUCGACUUUGAACACCCUCAUCAAACCGGUCACAUUCAGGGCUAUUGGACGUCGGGAGUUGGUCUGACCCUCGCCACCAUCCUCCUGAGCAUCCGUAUCUAUACAAAGGUGUUUAUUUCGCGCAAUUUUGGAAUGGAUGAUGACACAUGGGUCAUCAAGGCCUCGGGUGUGCAUGGAUGGGAAGUGCCUGUCGACAAAUUCAACACCUUUUCCUUUGUCACCGCCUGCGUCUCCAUCAUCUAUGUGCCAUGCCUCGGGUUCGCCAAAAUCUCCAUCUUGUACCUCUACCGUCGCCUCUCCCCGAUCCGCUGGUUCAAGAUCGCCAUCUACAUCAACAUGGCCAUCGUUACCACGUACAGCGUCGCUCUGAUGUUCGCCUUCAUCUUCCCCUGCCGGCCGGUGCGAAAGAAUUGGGAUCCUACCAUCACCGGCGGGAAAUGUGUGGACAAACCGGCCAUCUAUCUGGCGAACGCGGCCAUCAAUGCCAUCACUGACAUUAUGAUUUUGCUGCUCCCCAUUCCCCUGGUGGUCAAGCUACAGAUGCCGACGGUGCAGAAAUUCGCUUUGUUGGGAGUCUUUGCCUUUGGCUCAGCGACGUUUGUGACCAGCGUCGUUCGGCUUUACUACAUGGUGCCAAUGUUGAGUAACGUGGACCAGACCUACGCCAUAUCAAUCCCUUUCGUAUGGGUAAUGGUUGAGGCCAACCUGAUCGUCAUCUGCUUCUGCCUCCCCAACCUCCGCACCUUCCUCCGACGGGUCGCUCCCAAGAUCAUUGGCGAAUACUCGGCGCACCGAGGCUACGGUAACAUCUCAUCGGCCAAGAAAACGAAGCCGUCGUCCAAGAUGGGCCUCACGGGGCCUGGCAGUUCGAUCGAUCGAAGCAAUCUGACCGACCGGCAAUACGCCAUGGGCAAGGGAGGUGCCGGCCCCGAUGAGAUCGAGCUGAGCACCACUCGAAUCUAUGCCGGCCGUGACGGCGAUGAGUCCGAAACCGGUGAUCGAGGUCGCUCGGCCGACGACGAACAUGACCACGAUGGCUCAAGUGACAAAGCAAUCUGGCAGACAACGACGGUGACGGUCUCGGCGAUAUAG